UAUAAUUUGCCUACUAGACUCAGUUCAUUAUCUUAAUAGCACUUUUCUCUUUCUUUGUUUCAGUUCAUUAUUUUAAUAGCACUUUUUUCUUUCUCGUUUUAUUUCCCAUAUUAUUAUUAUUAUUGCAUAUACCAAGUUAUACAUCCCACUCAGCCUUCAUGGAGAAAACUUGGUUAACUGCACGAGUAGUAGUUCUAGUGUCCUUGGCACAGUACUGUUUCUUACCCUGUUUGGCUAUGAAUGUUCCCAACUCCACCACUGAUCAAUCUGCUCUUUUAGCUUUCAAAUCCUGUAUCACUUUCGACCAUCCUCACUAUAUAUUGGCAACUAACUGGUCCUCAGCCACCUCAGUUUGUGACUGGAUUGGUGUCUCUUGCGGCAAGCGCCACUACAGAGUAGUGGCCUUGAAUCUCCCAAACAUGGGUAUCGGAGGCACCAUCCCACCCCACAUUGGAAACCUCUCAUUUCUAUUCUACUUCAACAUCACCAGCAACACUUUCCAUGGUCAUCUUCCUGGUGAGUUGGCUCGAUUGCAUCGCCUAAAAUGUUGUCGACUUUGGUGACAACAAUUUUGAUGGUGGUGUUCCGUCAUGGUUUGGAAACUUAGCCAAGCUUCAGUACUUGCGUCUCGCAAAAAACAGUUUCACGGGAAGAGUUCCACCUUCCAUUGGCAACAUAUCAACAUUAGAGUAUCUCAAUUUAAGGUCUAAUUUUCUAGAGGAAAGAGUUCCUGAAGAGAUCGGUCAUCUUCCUAAACUAAAGACGUUACGCAUGGAACUUAAUAAUUUGUCGGGGUCUAUACCGCCAACCUUUUUCAACAUCUCAUCACUUCAAUGGAUUGAUUUCACAUAUAAUAUGAUGUCUGGUAGUCUUCCGGAAGAUAUGUGUGUUUUUCAUCCUAAACUAGUAUUUCUCCGUCUUUCUAGGAAUGAGUUUGAUGGCCAAAUUCCAACAACUCUGGGUGAAUGUAGAGAGCUCCAAGUCAUAUCAUUAUCUUACAAUAAAUUCACUGGUUUCAUUCCAAAAACAAUUGGGAAUUUGACUUUGCUUCAGAUCUUAUAUCUCGGUGGUAACAACUUUAAAGGCGAAAUUCCACAAGAACUAGGUAGUCUACAUAGUUUGAAGAUGUUAGCUAUGGAAUCUGCCAACGUCACUGGUCUCAUACCAUCUUUUAUCUUUAACAUCUCGUCAUUGGAAAAGCUUAAUCUAAACACCAAUAAAUUGACGGGAAACAUUCCAAGGGCAAUUGGCAACUGUACCUUGCUCUCAAAAUGUUAUAUUGAUGACAAUAACUUGACAGGUCUGAUACCAGAAGAGAUUGGUGAGCUUCCAAAUGUGAGAGAGAUGGUACUCGCUCUUAACAAUUUGAUGGGUGCCAUUCCAACAUCAAUUUUUAAUAUCUCAUCACUUCAACUUAUGACGCUUACAGAAAAUAAAUUGUCAAGCAAUCUUCCAUCAAGUAUAGGGCUUUGGCUACCAAAUCUUAGUAGCCUCAGUCUUGGAGGAAAUAGCCUCAUUGGAAUUAUUCCCGAGUCAAUUUCAAAUGCUUCUAAACUUACUUCUUUAGACCUUGGUAACAAUGCAUUUACGGGUUCAAUUCCGAAAUCGCUUGGCAAUUUACGACUACUCCAAUAUCUUAGCUUGCAAGGAAACAAUUUGAUGAGUGGGUCAUCUUCUUCCUCUCCAGAGUUGAGCUUCCUCACUUCCUUGGUAAAUUGCAAAGAUUUAAACGUAUUGCUGAUAAAUCAUAAUCCUCUGGACGACAUUCUUCCGACAACUAUUGGAAAUCUCUCUGCUUCCCUUGAGGAGAUUGACGCAAAUUCUUGUGGAAUCAAAGGCAACAUUCCUAGUGAAAUUGGUAAUAUAAGCAAUUUGGCAUUCUUGAAUCUACAACAAAAUGGUUUGACUGGAUUCAUUCCCUCUACAAUUAAAGCGUUGGGAAAGCUUCAAAUAUUGGAUCUUUCCAACAACAGACUGCGAGGGUCCAUUCUAGAUGAUAUAUGCCAACUCAAGAACCUGGGGGAUCUACGAUUGAACUAAAAUGAAUUUUUUGGAUUGAUUCCUGAAUGCUUAGGGAAUAUUACAUCUCUAAGAUAUCUCUACCUCAAUUCCAACAAACUAACUUUCGUCAUACCUACAAGGUUGAGCAAUCUUAAAGAUAUCUUGGAAAUUAACCUGUCCUCGAAUUCUUUAAAUGGCAAUCUGCCACCACAGCUUGGGAGUUUCAGAGUUGCAAUACUAAUGGAUUUUUCAAUGAACCAAUUCACAGGCAAAAUCCCAAGUACAAUUAUAGGUUUGCAAAACUUGGUUACUCUUUCAUUGGCACACAAUAAGUUGCAAGGAUCUAUACCUGACUCAUUUGGCAGCAUGGUGAGCUUGGAAUUCUUAGAUCUAUCCUAUAAUGGCCUCUCCGAUGUGAUCCCCAAGUCCUUAGAGACACUGUCUCAUCUUUCAUAUCUCAACAUUUCUUUUAAUAAGUUAAGAGGACAAAUUCCAAAUGGGGGACCUUUUGCAAACUUCACUAUUCAAUCUUUCAUGUCGAAUGAAGCGUUAUGCGGUGCACCAAAGUUUCAAGUCCCGUCAUGCCUUACUAAUUCUUUUCAUCAUCUAACGGAAAAAAGAGUGGCUCUAGCUUUAUAUAUUUUGUUACCUAUUGCAUUCAUACUGCUUACUACGAUCUUUGUGUUCUUGUUCAUAAAAUGUCGAAGAAGAAAUAAAACUCCAUCCAAUGUUGAUCUCUUACCAAUAAUAACACCUCCAAGAAUCACAUACCAACAACUUUUUCGAGCAACUAAUGGGUUUAGUGAGAGCAACUUGCUUGGUAUGGGGAGUUUUGGUUCUGUCUACAAAGCUAUCCUUGAAGAUACCACAGUUGUGGCUAUAAAGGUAUUCAACUUGCAACUAGAAGGUGUAUUCAAGAGUUUUGACGUAGAAUGCGAGAUAAUGCGACACAUUCGUCAUCGCAAUCUUACUAAGGUCAUUAGCAGUUGCUCGAACCUUGAUUUCAAAGCUCUAGUACUUGAGUAUAUGCCUAAUGGGAGUCUUGAAAAGUGGUUGUAUUCUUACAACUAUUUCUUAGAUAUGUUGCAGAGAUUAGACAUAAUGAUAGAUGUUGCAUGUGCUUUGGAGUAUCUUCACAAUGAUUAUUCAAUGCCUUUGGUUCACUGUGAUUUGAAACCUAGCAACAUCCUGCUAGAUGAUGAUAUGGUUGCACAUGUGAGUGAUUUUGGCAUUGCGAAGUUAUUAGAUUUGGGGGAGAGUGUCAUGCAUACAAAGACUAUAGCAACAUUUGGGUAUAUUGCGCCAGAGUUUGGAUUGGAAGGAUUAGUAUCCACAAGCUGUGAUGUUUAUAGUUAUGGAAUCUUGCUUAUGGAAACAUUCACAAGAGUGAGGCCCACCGAUGAAAUGUUUUUUGAAGACAUGACGAUGAAACAUUGGAUUAGGGACUCACUACCAAAUGCAAUCUCCCAUGUUAUAGAUGCUAACUUGCUUAAGCCAGAGAAAGAACACCUCACUGCAGUUGUACUGCAAUGUGUAUCAUCCAUCAUGGAAUUAGCUUUGAGUUGCUCUGCAGAAUCAUCCGAGGAGAGGAUGAACAUGAAAGAUGUUCUCGCAACACUCAAAAAAGUUAAACUUUGGUAUGUAGCAAAUUGUGGAAGGAGUUGAAAGAAGAAAAGUUAGGACUUUGGUAUCUAGCCAAUUGCAACAUUCAAAAAAGUUAGCCAGAUGCAUCUAUAGCUGGUAGUGAUUAUGUAGUAAUUAGAUUGCUUAUUGUUUAUGCUUUGUAUUUUUUUUUGCAACAUUUACAUAUGGUUGCAAUAUGUGUAAGUAGUUAGCUUGAAGAACUAACGAAAGAAAAAUAUAGUUAAAUAUGGAAAAUGUAUUCAAACA